CAAAACGUUUCGUAUAAAAACUCAAACACAUAUAUAUACUACUCUCUCUCUCUCUCUCCUCUAUCCCCGUACUCGGCGACAGACACUUCGGUUUAAGAACUCUCUCCGAACGACGCCGUUUUCGAUCCUCAACUCAGGGUUUAUUGUUCCCAACUUCUAGGUUUUAACUCUUUCCUAGGGUUUUGGUGGAUUGUUUUCUUGUGCUUCCGCUUAAGUUUGUGCACUAUUCAAAAUAAAGAAAUUGUACGUUAAUUAUGGGUGAUAGUGAAACUGUUGUUGCUCAUACAACUUCCAUGUCGGGAUUUGUAGCAGCAGGCUAUAAUAGCUCCACCGGCUAUGCCGAUGAGAGCUCAAAUGUUGCUUCUGCCGAUGAAAUAUCUACUUCCACAGCUUCUGCCAUUGCAGCUUUUUCUGCUGAUGAUGGUUCUAAUGCUAGUGAAAAGAAUGAUUAUAAUUCUCUAAUGCAAGCAUCUGAAGCCAGUACAGGUGUUGAAGCCAUGGAUUCAUCCCAAGCUACUGGCUAUGAUACUUCUGUGAAUGGAACUGCUGAAAAUGGAACUGUGACGGAUAACUUGGGUGGAGCUAUGGAUGCUCAACAGUAUGUGGACGGUACUGCUAUGUCUUCUGAAGAAGAAAGGUUGUGGAACAUCGUGAAGGCAAAUUCUUUAGAUUUUAAUGCCUGGACUGCUUUGAUUGAAGAGACAGAGAAAGUAACAGAGAACAACAUAUUGAAAAUCAGAAAAGUUUAUGAUGCAUUUUUAGCAGAGUUUCCAUUGUGUUAUGGUUAUUGGAAGAAGUAUGCUGAUCAUGAGGCUCACUCGGGUUCUAUUGAUAAAGUUGUUGAGGUUUAUGAGCGAGCUGUUCAGGGAGUUACCUAUUCAGUCGACAUCUGGCUGCAUUACUGCAUAUUUGCAAUAAGCACUUAUGGAGACCCAGAAACUGUUAGAAGGUUUUUUGAGCGAGCACUUGCUUAUGUUGGAACAGAUUACCUUUCCUUCCCUCUCUGGGAUAAGUAUAUUGAGUAUGAAUAUAUGCAGCAGGAUUGGAGUCAACUUGCCAUGAUUUAUACUAGAAUUUUAGAGAAUCCAAAUCAACAACUGGACCGCUAUUUUAACAGCUUUAAAGAAUUGGCUGGUAACCGGCCUCUGUCAGAACUGAGGACUUCUGAAGAGGCUGCUGCUGCUGCACCUUCAGAAGCUGCUCCUGUAGCAGAUGUGCCUUUGGAGGAAACUGUUGCUGACCAAGUAGACGGAGAAGAGGUCCAUACUGAUGGUGCAGAUCCAUCUGUUAAAGCUGGCUCAACAGAUGCUGAGGAGUUGGAGAAGUACAUUGCCGUUAGAGAGGAGAUGUAUAAGAAAGCUAAAGAGUUUGAUUCAAAGAUCAUUGGUUUUGAAACAGCUAUCAGGAGGCCCUACUUUCACGUGCGCCCCCUUAAUGUCGCAGAACUUGAAAAUUGGCACAACUACCUGGAUUUUAUAGAAAGAGAAGGAGAUUUGAACAAGGUUGUCAAGCUGUAUGAAAGAUGCCUAAUUGCAUGUGCAAAUUACUCCGAGUACUGGAUUCGAUAUGUUUUGUGCAUGGAAGCCAGUAAAAGUUUGGAUCAUGCCAAUAAUGCACUUGUUCGUGCAACCCAAGUUUUUGUUAAGAGGCAUCCAGAAAUUCAUCUUUUCGCUGCUAGGCUCAAAGAACAAAGUGGGGACACUGCAGGUGCUCGUGCUGCUUAUCAGCUUGUACAUUCUGAAAUUUCACCAGGGCUUCUAGAAGCAAUAAUAAAACAUGCAAACAUGGAACGUCGGCUGGGUAAUUUGGAAGAUGCUUAUUCAUUAUUCGAACAAGCUAUUGCCGUUGAAAAAGGAAAAGAACAUUCACUGGCGUUACCUAUGUUAUUUGCUCAAUAUUCACGGUUUGCAUACUUGGUAUCUGGGAAUGCUGUAAAAGCUAGGGAAAUUCUUGUUGAAGCACUUGAACAUGUCCAAUUGUCAAAACCUCUUCUCGAGGCCCUAAUACAUUUUGAGUCGAUACAGUCCCAACCAAAGCAAAUUGAUUACCUAGAAUCAUUGGUUCUGAAGUUCAUAGAGCCCAACUCUGAGACAACCAACGUUGCAAGUGUUGCCGAAAGAGAAGAGCUGUCUAGCAUUUUUUUGGAGUUUUUGAAUCUUUUUGGAGAUGCUCAAUCUAUCAAGAAGGCCGAGGAUCAUCACGCGAAGCUCUUCUUACCUCAUAGAAGCACAACAGAGUUGAAAAAACGUCACGCUGAGGAUUUUCUAGCAUCAGAUAAAACAAAAUUAGCGAAAGCCUACUCUGGUGCUCCUUCACCAUCAGCUCAGUCCGUGAUGGGAGCAUAUCCGAAUGCACAGAAUCAAUGGGCUGCUGGUUAUGCUGCCCAGCCUCAAGCUUGGCCACCAGCUUCACAAGCUCAGGGACAGCAAUGGAACCCCGGCUAUACCCAACAGGCUGCUGCAUAUGGCGGUGCAUACAGUGCUUACGGUAGCAGCUACACCGCUCCACAAGUACCUGCUGCUGCAGCGGUGCCUCAGAGUGCUGCUGCUGCUGCAGCAUAUGCCGCUUAUCCUCCUACAUAUCCUGCUCAGCAGACAUACCCACAAAGCUAUGCACAGCCCACAGCAGCAGCUGCUGCUGCAACAGUUGCUUCGGUACAGCAACCGGCUUCAGCGACCCAGGCCUAUUACAGCGGUUACUAUUAAGACGGAAAAAAUGUUUUCGGGCAGUUUUUUUGCCACCUGUAAUCACUUUUUUUUCGUCUUUUCUUUGUUCCCAGUCUUAUUUAGGACUUUUUUUUUGGGUUGAAACAUGGGUAUGUAGCUAAAUGCAGAUCUUAGGAGAGUUAAAAGGAAAAGAAAAAAAAGGAUGAGUUAGUGUGUCA